AUGAUUGUCACUUCAAAAGUAUCUCAACAAAAAGGUCAAGUUGAUCCUGAAGAUUUAUUUCAACGACUUGAACAUAUUGGUCGUGGAUCAUUUGGAGAAGUUUAUAAAGGUUUAAAUCGAAAAUUAUCAAAUAUAGUUGCUAUUAAAAUAAUCGAUUUGGAAAAAUCUGAAGAUGAAAUUGAAGAUAUUCAACAAGAAAUUCAAGUACUUUCUCAAUGUAAUUCACCAUAUGUUACAAAAUAUUAUGGUUCUUAUUUAAAAGAAACUAAAUUAUGGAUUGUUAUGGAAUAUCUUGGUGGUGGUUCAGCAUUAGAUUUAAUGAAAGCUGGCACAUUUAAUGAAAAAUAUAUAGCUAUUAUUUUACGAGAAGUUCUUAAAGGUCUUGAAUAUUUACAUUCAGAAAAAAAAAUUCAUCGAGAUAUAAAAGCAGCUAAUGUUCUUCUUUCUGAACAUGGUGAUGUUAAAUUAGCUGAUUUUGGUGUUGCCAAACAAUUAACAGAUUCAAUUAAUAAAGGAACAACAUUUGUUGGAACACCUUUUUGGAUGCCUCCGGAAGUUAUUAUGCAACAUAAAUAUGAUUAUUCAGCAGAUAUAUGGUCACUUGGUAUAACAUCAAUUGAAUUAGCAAAAGGUGAACCACCUAAUUCUGAUUUACAUCCAAUGCGUGUUUUAUUACAAAUUCCAAAAAAUCCACCACCACAAUUACCUGUAAAAGAUUAUUCCGAUGCAUUUCGAGAAUUUGUUGAAGCUUGUUUACAAAAAAAUCCUGAACAUAGACCAACAUCUACACAAUUACGUCGAUUUAAAUUUGUUUCAACAACAAAAUCAACAAAAUAUUUAAUAGAAUUAAUAGUUCGUUAUCAAAAUUGGAAAAAAAAACAUGAUAAUGGAACUAAAUCUGAUAGUGAAUCAAAUUCAGAUGAAGAACAAUCAAAACAUGAUGCAUAUCAAUGGGAAUAUGGAGCUGGAACAGUCAAAUCAGCAGUUAAUUAUAAUCAUAUUCCAAAAGAAUCGAUUGAAGUAAAUCCACCAUUUAAAUCAAUAUUUGAUGAUCUUUCAAUUCGUUAUAAUAUUUCAUCUUCAAAUAAUGUUCGACGUAACGCCGAACAAGGUGUAGAUUUAUUUGAAAAUUUACAACGUUUAUUUCAAAAUGAUAAUUUACGUUAUCCAAAUCUAAGCAAUGAUUUCAGUCGAAUUAUGUCUGAACAUAUAUCCAAAGGAAAUAAUACUUCUCAAACAUCAACAACAGACAAUAAUCAUAUUCAAAUAACAUCAGGUGUUAUUAAAAUGACUAUGUAA